AUGCCACCAAAAACUCGCCAACCGGCUUCAAAGCGUCGGAUUGAUGCUGUUUUCGAACAAGAAGCACUUUUCGAACAGGAGGUUCGUUUAGAUUGUCAAACUCGAUUUCCAUUCAUCAAUUUCAGUCAGCAAAGCAUCAAAAUGUCCCUCCUCAUGCGGUUCUGCAAAGUCUCCGAAAUGGACAACCGUUACCAAAAAAGGCAACAAACGGUAUUCAUUCUGGUGUGCAAAAUACUAAAGUGAUUGAAAAUGAAGUGGAGGCAGAAGAUGUUCACGAAAUGGACAUCGACAACGCUUAUAAAGACAUCGCUGAACUUAGUCUGAUUGGAAAUUUGGCACAAAAUCGGGUGAGUUUUUUGAUAGGAAGGGAAGAAAAAUGUGUAUAAAUAUUAAUGGAACUCAAAGAUCUCACAUCGUGUUUAAUUGUUAUCGAUAAACACGUGGUAACAACUAUUGUAAAAAAAAGAAUCCAUCUCUCAACUAGGAAAUAUUUUUGAAUGGCCCGACAACCCAGAAAUCAACAUUGACUAAAAUAAAAGAUAUUCAUCUCUAGAUUCUCCGAACACAGGCAAUAACGGAAGGAUCCAUAAUGUGCACCUUAUGGAUCCAUCACCUCGAGGGGGCUUGAUGGAUCCAUAAUGGAUCCAUUAUGGAUCCUUCCGUUAUUGCCUGUGUCCAUAAUAGGGUCAUACUGGAUCCAUAAUGGAUUCAUUAUGGAUCCAUUAUGGAUCCAUCAAGCCCCCUCGAGGUGAUGGAUCCAUAAGGUGCACAUUAUGGAUCCUUCCGUUAUUGCCUGUGGAAUCCAUAUAAAAAGUUGGGAACAAGCUUUCUCGAUUUUAUAGAGCCCGAAGAAAUAACUGAAGAAAUGGAGGGACUAGAAAAAAUAGCCGUAGGGACUAGAAAUUUCCCAGUCCCUCCAUUUCUCAAAAGCUUUUCUUUUGGGCUCUAUAAAGCCGAGAAAGCUUUUUCUCACCGGACCAUUUAAGAGAUAAACAAAGAGAGAAAAGGUAGAUCAGAAAAGCUCAAAAUGAAUGCUCUUGCAAAAUUUUCUCGAAAAGGAAUACACAAUGAAAUCGUGUAUUGUGUAUUCUCUUUGGAGAACAUUUUGCAAGAGCAUUCAUUCUGAGAUUUUCUGAUCUACCUUUUCAAAAAGAAUUUGAUUGAUUAUUUUAAAUUGUGAAGUGAAAUUGAUUUAUGUUUAAAAAAAGAAGUAAUAUGUUUAUCAUGGAAAAAAUCAAAUUUUCAGAGAAAAGCGUUGAAACAAGCACAAGAACAAAUCAUCGAAGAAGGAGCGUCUUCUUCAACUUAUCCGCAUGAUCCAAUACAAAAUAUGAUCGUUCCUAGUGCCGGAGUACGUUUUAUUUUCUAGCUUGAUUGAAAGUUGACCUCAAAGUUAGCCUCACUGGGAUUAUACCACUGACAUCACCAAAGCCAUGUUACUCAAAUUUCGCAAUAGUUUAGAGAACUUUCUUAUAAAAUUAAUCUGAUGUAUGCAUCUUGUAAGUAAGUUAAUUGCUCUCUAAGUUAGAGAAUGUUUUUUUAAAUAAAUUUCCAAUUUAUGGAUUGUACCUGGCUGGAGAUUCCAAGCUUAUUAAAUAAUCAGAAAACUGCGAUUUCGCGAAAAUAGGACUCAUGCGAAAAUUCCCAUUCGAAAAAUAAUCGAAAUCUUGCAAAUUCUUGAGAAAAAUUGAUUAUUCCAUUACAUUUUAAGCUUCAACAUCUUUAAAUUUUCAGAAUCCUAUGCAAGUGACUCGUCAUGAAACAGAUGAAAACAUGCCACUGUAUGAUCAAUCAAUGCCGAAUCGAAAAUCCACAUCUGUUCUCGAAUCGGAGGAAUUUGGGCAAAUUCUAACGGUGCGUCCAGAAUCUUUCAUAAAUUCUUGAAAUUCUAAAACAUCAUUUUGCAAUAGAAAAACUGUUUUAAAAAUCGUUUACAGCAACAUUCAAUUGCCCCUUCGGUGCAAAAUGGGAGAGUCAUUUUGAAUCAAUUUGGACUAAACUCCUGUUAUCAUCCAAACAGCGGUCCAUUUGACACAAUAAAAAUUGAGGUCAGAUUUCCUAUUGAUGUACUCUUUGAAUGUUAAGUUCUUACAGGAAAAUGUGGCAAAUCGCCUCAACGCCUCUUUGCGAUUGGAUUGUCAAGAAGUGAUGAGAAUUGUCGAAAACUCCACAGGAAUCACUCAAACUUUAGCGCUGUCCCAUCUGGGUCUUGUUGAAGUUGUGAGUUUUUUCUGUUUAUUCAUACAAAGCGAAAUUUUUGCAUAAAUUUCACUGGAUUUUCAAACCUCAAAUUUAAUAUAUUACAGGUAUCGUGGAUGUUAUCAAAGCUGCAAAAGCUUGAAUCGAGAAAAACCAAAAUUGCCCCAAUCCUCACCAAACAUUCCCUCAAUUUGGCUCUUAUCCAGUCUACAACUUUUCGACUUCCUAACGGCAAAUGUUACGAAAUAUUCGUCCAUAUGGGAAAUGGUGAACAAAGUACAGAAAUGUAUUGUGGGAAGGUGCUGGAUUGUAUUGGUUGUAGUUUAAUAAGAGACGUUUUCAAUUUUGUGAGUUGCAAUAUGUCUUUUUCGUAUUAAUAAUUUCAUUUGCAGCUUCUCGAGAAAUAUCCCGCAGAUUUGAUUGAAGUGAUGACGACGGUUACAAAAACCACCAAUGUGGAAUGGGUUCCGAUUUCGGAUGCAGAUUGUUUGGAUGUUUUCCAUCGUAAGUUUUUUUUUUCAUUCUAAAGCAAAAACCCAACAUUUGAGAAAAAAAAGUGGUUGUUUUCAAUUUUUAGAGGUUUUUUCAGUUUUUAGAAGUCAAAAACUGAAAGAUUCACAGUUGUCAUACUGUAAAAAGUCAUAUACAUGUUCUCAUUUUGGAAACCACGAUUUUGGCCGAGGUUGGCGUCUAAUGUCUCAGAAUUUACCUUAAAUUUUGGUGUAAUUCAUAAAUUCUAAGAACGAAAAGAUGUCUAAAAUAAUUAUGUUUUUGAUAUGUUUACAGGAGCAGUUGUGGAAGGAGCCAGAGCGCAUGAUCACGCUUAUGUGACAACUGGUGUUUUGAAAUCGAAUAUGAGAAGUAGUUUGUAUGCAUUAUUGUAAGUUGUCAUUAUGAUUAUUCUAAGUUUUUAAUUUUUCUUAUUUACAGGGAUCAAGAAAGAGGGCGAAUCCGAAAAGCGGCAGGAGGCGCUGCGCUAUUGCAAUCAAGAAAAGAAAAAUUGCUCGCCAUUCAAUUAUCCACCGCUACAACCCAAGCUCUCGCAACAUCCGAUGCUUCUCAAGAAGGAUAA